CACCGAGACAUCUACCUCCUGACAUCCAUGGGCCAAACUAUAGCGUUCCUUCGUGCAGUGUACGACGAUGUCAGACUUCCCAAGCCCAAGUUUAUCGUAGACGACAUCCCAGAUCUGUCGGGAAAAAUCGUGAUCGUCACUGGCGGGUACACAGGCAUCGGUCUAGAAACAGUGCGUGCGUUACUGAAGAAGAAUGCAACGGUGUAUAUUGCUGGAAGGAAUAGAGCGAAGGCCGACUCUGCGAUUGCGGAUCUGCAUAAGGAUACGGGGAAGGAAGCCAUCUUCCUUGAGCUAGACCUUGCGAGUCUGAAGUCUGUGAAGAAGGCUGCUGAGGAAUUUAUGAGCAAAGAGACUCAACUCCAUAUCUUAUUUAACAAUGGCGGAGUAAUGUAUCCGCCAAUUGAACAGCUCACAGCUGACGGAUAUGACCUUCAAUUUGGUACGAACGUACUUGGCCAUUUCUACUUUACUCAACUCCUCAUUCCCGUCCUUCUCGAGACCGCUAGGGCUUCAUCUGACUCCCACGUCCGAGUCGUCACAACCUCUUCGUUGGGACACAUGAUGCAUGCAUCCUCUAACAUCCUCUACGACACUCUACGCGAUUCACCCGAACGCAAGGAAUUCGACACCUUUAAUCUCUAUUACCAAAGUAAAUUUGGGAACGUUCUAAUUGCACGUGAACUUGCAAGGAGGUAUGGUGAUCAGGGAGUCGUUUCCAUGUCUGUCCAUCCUGGAAUCAUCGGGACAGAGCUAGGGAGAAACCUGAGCUGGAUUAAACAGAAGACAUACGGUCUGAUUGUUUAUCCACCUCCGUUCGGCGCGCUUACCCAACUGUAUGCUGGGACGUCUCCGGAAGCAAGAGACUUAAAUGGCGCAUACCUCAUUCCAUGGGCACGUGUUGCAGAAUGCCGCAAAGACGCACGCGAUCCAAAGACAGCAGAGGAAUUGUGGAAGUGGUGUGAGGAACAAGUCAAGGAUAUCUAACGUGCCAUGUUUAUCAUUGCGAUUUGCUGAUUCUUUUCAUUUCAUUUUUGUCUAUGUGUAAUCCUUACCCAAAC